CCAGACAGCCGGACGUAUAAGCAAGAAGAAGAAAAGGCACACCGCCUCCUCUCCACCUCCUCCGGCUGUUCCUCCUCCUCUUCCUUCUACAAGGAUAACUGUGUGGUGUUUAUUAGGUGUUUCUUCUCUACCUGUGUCUAACAGCAGAGCUUGGUUUCGGCUUGGUGGCAGCGCAGAUGACAUGUCGUCCUGGGCUAAAUCGUCUUCAGCUGCCCGGCGGCAGCAGGCUAACCCGAACGGAAGUGCUCAACAACUUCGUCUGUUCCGGAGAACAGCGCCUUACCCGAGCAGAGAGGACAGGACCGAGGAGCUCAAAGAUGCCCUGGACAGCUAUGAGGAACUCGAGCAAAUACAAAACUACAGUGCGAAUGUGAAGUAUGAGAGCUACAAGCAUCAGCCAGCUGCCAAGCCAGAGAGCUGCACUCCAGCAGACAGACGUAAAGCUCUGUAUCAGAGGUUCUACAGACAAGUGCAGGAGGACAGGAGGCCGGCCGACUGCGUGGUCCUCUCUGUCACCAACCAGUGCCUGGAUUACCCCAAAUCGCUAAGCCAGUGCUUGCAGGAGCGUGGCCUGUCAGUGGAAAUGCUCUACCUUCAGGCGGAGUCGGGCCUGACCCGGGCCCUUCAGGAUGUCCGAGCAGAAGGCUCCCCGUUAUGUAUUCUGGUGGAGCAGACAAACAUAGCUCUGUCCUCCUGCACUGUUAUCAUAUUCUCAGAAUCCCUCAAAAUCCACCGAAACAUGCCCAAAGACCAGGCCAUGGACUUUGUCACAGCAGAGUACAGUCGUGGACUUGUCAAAGAGCGCCCGAAGAGGGACCCUGCAGACCUCGCUGCACAAGCGUCACAGCUGCUGGACGACUUUCUUGAGCGAGAAAAGAUCGAGCGCCACACUGUUCCCUCUGAAACCCGUCCUCUCCUCAUGCUGUUAGCUGAGGGGGUGCACCUCUACACCGAAGAGCUGGAAAGCAUCUCAGAGUAUGUGCGUACCCGACUGGAGCACGUACAAGUCUCAAACACAGAGGGACAGAGGGGUAACAUGUUACCCCCAGGACUUGGAAAACCACCUCCUCUGCUCCCCACUCCACCUGGGCCCCCUCAGCCCCAGUCUCAGGCCGGAGCAGGGGGCAAUUUGAUGGACCACCCGUCAUCUUCACCCUCUCCUCUCCUGCCCUCACCAGGCUCUUAUCCAAAAACCAAACCCCCUCCACUGCUGUCCUUGCAUAGACCUCCCUGUCCCUCGUUGGGGGCUCCACCAUCACGAGGCCUUCUGUCCUCACACAGUCCCUUUGGCCCUCUCCCAUUGUCUCGUGGGCCCCUACUCCAUCAUGUUCCUCCAUACCAUCCAGGCCCCAGGGGCCCUCAUGGGAUUAGAGGGGGCCCUCCUACUUUGAAGAGUUCACGGCCUCCACUUCUUGCUUCUCCAGGUCCCCCUCAUCCUCUUCAGAGACCAAACGCCCGUCACUAAGACGGACAGACAUCCACACACACUGAGGCACACACACACUGUAACACAUGCAAGCCUGAAGAUGACACCCAACUCCAGAAGAGACCCUAUGUGGGGGUUGGCAACUGUUUGGAUCUUCCUUUUCUUUUUGUAAAGAAGUUAACCCCACUCAGUAAAAUGAAAAAGGUGUCAAAAGAUAAAUAUUGAUAAAUGUAUUGUGGAUGAGUUGAUGGAGGAUGUGUGGAGUAAUGAAAAAGACUGAUAUUUAGUAUGUUUUCCACAAUGCCUUCGGUGAACUUGUUCGUAUUUCUCUUUUUUUAUUGUUUGGUGAUUCUCACCCAGAGAAAGAUGGUGUGGUGACAGUGGCAGGAUAAUCCUCCCUACCAUGUGUCAUGAUGGUGCUUAAGUUUUCACAUGGGGUUAAACAGACAAACUAAAAAUCUGUUCACACAUUGGUAGGGCUGUGAGUCUGAAAGAGCCCGUACAUUGUUUUUAUCUAAAGAUGCAGUGUGAAUCACAGAGGUGUUGCCUGGACCUAAAAACAAUAAACUAUCCAUAUGUUGAUGAUAAAAGUAGUUUUGCAUUAAAUAUCAGGAGGCAGCUUAAAAUGUUUGCAGGAUUACUAGAAUAAACAAUUCGACCGUACUUCACAUUAAAUAUCUUUCACUGCAGAACACACACAAAGAAUAGCUUCACUACUGCAGACCUGGCAAAGCAGGGUGAGCUGGUUUCACAUUAAAUGAGAUAAUUGCAUUCACUCUCAUUUUUUUAAUUCAGGGAAAAUGAUUCUACUCUGUAAAAUACCCUGGUUUGGUUGUCAGUAGUCAUGUGCAGCACUCUGUGGCAUUAGUGUAGUGAAGAUAAGGCAGCAGUUCACUGAUGAAGUCAUCCUUCUGCGUCACUGUAAGUCAACACUUCACAGCUUGGAUGUGUUUGUUGCUUUGGUGUGAAAAUGACUGAAGGCAUAUGUUCAAAAGUGACUGCAAGUUGUUUUUUUCCACAUUUAGAUGGAACUAUGGAGGCUUAACGAUUCACAGAUUACACAGAGAAUGAGUGACAGUCUGUGAGAACAAUCCGUCUUCAAAACAUCUCUUUUUUUUUUCCUUUUAGAUAUUUAAGGAUGAGGAUUGUUUAGUCCUGUACUUGUUUUUAAUAUGUAUAUAAACUGUUUAUAUUUGGAUUGUGAAAGUUAAAUGGUGAACAAAAUUGCCCAGUCAGUUAUUUUUCCUGGAUGUAUAGCAGUGUUAAUGUUACAACUACAUAGAGGAAAACUAUCAUUUCAAAGGAAACGUCUGCAAAUGUUGAAGUAUUGUUCUGGUCUGACAAGCGUUUCACUAUGACUUCUUUUGUUAAAGAGAGCAUGACCCUUCAUAAAUAAAGAGACAUUCAAGAAAA